AUGGUUGCACACGUUUCGCUUGUGCAGCUGCGAAGAGUGCACGGCGUCCUGGACUGCGAGCGUGGGAGCAUCGCUCGGCACUUCUCUGUCGCCGCUGCAAAAGAAGACGCUGUCUCAAGUUCUAGUGUUCAUGGGGAGUACGGGAAAAAGGUUGGAAGGUCGAGCAUUUUCCUAGACAGGCAGUCUGAAAAAGAUCUCCAUGCCUUCAAGGUAUCAUCACGAGAAGCAAGGGGAAGCUACAGCUCCAAACGGAUGCCAAUUGCUGCUACUGGGGUCAAUAGCUUGUUCUCAUGUGGACAGGUAGUUUCGGCAAGACAUUUUUCAAGUGGGGCAGAUUUGCCACCACAUGAGGCUAUCGGGAUGCCUUCUCUUUCCCCUACUAUGACCGAGGGGAAUAUUGCAAAGUGGGUGAAGAAGGAAGGAGACAAAGUUUCACCUGGUGAAGUUCUUUGCGAAGUGGAAACCGAUAAAGCUACCGUGGAGAUGGAAUGCAUGGAGGAAGGCUAUCUCGCUAAGAUAGUUUGUGGAGAUGGCGCAAAAGAGAUUAAAGUUGGCGAGAUUAUUGCCAUAACUGUGGAAGAGGAGGGUGAUAUUGAGAAAUUUAAGGAUUACAAGGCUUCGUCUUCAGCUGCAGCUCCAGCUGAAUCAAAACCCCAAUCUGAGCCCGUGGAACCAAAAGAAGAGAAGAAAGAGGUUUCCAAGGCCCCCGAGCCAACAGCUACAAAGACUGAAGAAUCUUCUCAGUCAGGGGAUCGCUUAUUCUCCAGUCCCGUUGCCAGAAAGUUGGCAGAAGACAACAAUGUACCGCUUUCAAGCUUAAAAGGUACUGGUCCAGAUGGGCGUAUUUUGAAGGCAGACAUUGAGGAUUACUUGUCAAGUAGAAGGGUUCAGUCAACUGAUAAUGUUAUGCUUAUGCUUGAUGAAGCUUCUGCAGCCAAGGGUUCGAAGAAGGAAGCUGCAGCAGCUCCAGGACUAGGUUAUGUGGAUCUUCCAAAUACACAAAUACGGAAGGUUACUGCAAACCGCCUGCUGCAAUCUAAGCAGACUAUCCCUCACUACUAUCUGACAGUUGAUAGCCGUGUUGACAAACUUAUCAAAUUGCGGAGUGAGUUGAAUCCGAUGCAGGAUGCAUCUGGUGGGAAGAAGAUAUCUAUUAAUGAUCUUGUUAUUAAGGCUGCAGCAUUGGCUCUUCGUAAGGUUCCUGCCUGUAACAGUUCCUGGAUGAAUGAUUUUAUUCGCCAGUAUCACAACGUGAACAUUAAUGUUGCUGUACAGACUGAGCACGGUUUGUUUGUUCCAGUAGUUAGGGACGCGGACAAGAAAGGCUUGGCCGCUAUUGCUGAUGAGGUGAAGCAGUUGGCUUCAAGAGCAAAGGAUAACAGUCUAAAACCAGAAGAUUAUGAGGGUGGCACUUUCACCGUCUCUAAUCUGGGAGGCCCUUUCGGAAUCAAGCAAUUCUGCGCCAUCGUAAACCCUCCUCAAUCGGCAAUCUUGGCCAUCGGCUCUGCUGAGAAGAGGGUAAUCCCCGGGGCGGCUGAGGGCCAGUACGAAAUCGGGUCCUUCAUGUCAGCCACGCUAAGCUGCGACCACCGGGUCAUCGACGGUGCCAUGGGUGCGGAAUGGCUCAAGGCAUUCAAGGGCUACCUCGAGGACCCGACGACCAUGCUGCUGUAG